UUCUCCGAAACUAUUGGUUUUAAAAAUGGUUGAACUAGAGAAAGGAAACUGGCCAGUUGACACUGAAGUUAGUCUUUUUCAUGCCAUGAGGGGACAUAAACCUGCAGGUGUGAACAAGCAUUUCCAAAUGUUAUUCAUUCAUGAAAAGAUAAACAGUUCAUCCAGCCGAAAAAUUGCUGCCAAAGACAUCUGGGAUCAUCUGAACUCCAUGUACGACCUCCAAGCUCUGAAUGAAUCUGAAAUAAUACCAUUUCCUAACAAAGAGGUCGAGUUUGAACUCUCUGGAGAAGAUUUUAAGGAUAUCAUUACCAAGGAAUACCCUCGAAUAUCAAAUGAUUCUGCACAAGAGGAUAAAUCAGAAGUAAAAUCAGAUACAGGUACAAAACAUGGAAAGUCAGAAAAAAAUGAAAGCAAGCAAAUAGAAAACAAACACACAAGCAAUGUUCUUCAUGCAAACACACCUGAAAAUUCUCCAAAACGGAAAAGAACAAGAAACACUGCCAGCUCUGCCAGUCCGGCCACACCAGAUGUCCCCCCUCCCAAACGAAGAAGAUGAUCCCAGAACCUAUUAUCAUAUAGCUGUUUUGAGGGAUUUUUCUGUGUUACAGAUACAUGUGUUCAGAUUUGAUAUGCCUACAAGGAGAAGCUGUUUCAACUGUAGGGAAUUAACCAUUAAUGUGUGAUUAUUGCCUUAGAUACCAUUGUUAAUUGAAAGAGAAAGAUCCAGAUAAAAGAUAUCAAUGUUGUCACUUUUGGCCAUGAAGGGUACUGGUAUGACAUUGUCAAUUUUAGUAACCUGUAUAUCAUAUUUAACAUUUUCUCAUGUCAGUGGAAAAUUAAAAUGGCAAAGGUGA